GCCGCUGCCCAUGGCCGUGGGGGGCUCAUCCGCGCGCAGCCCGUAGGGGAGCCGGGCCCCCGGCAGGAGGCUGUGUCCCGGCCAUGCUGCCCUGGGCUGGCGCGCUGGGCCUCUUCCUGCUGCUCCUGCUGUGGGGUGCUUGGGCGCAGCUCUGGCAGGGGGCCGGUGCCCGCGGCUCUGGCCUGCAGCUGGUCUGCAAGCCCUCUGCGCUCGCCACCCACCUGGAGACCUGCUGCCAGAGCCUGAGGGGCUUCUGGGCAGCCCCCUGGGCAUGGAGGGCCCUCCCUUCCCUGCAGAGCCUGGCCAGCCUGGCGGGGCCCGCGGACAGCCGGGUGCAUUUCGUGCGGAACCACCUGCAGCUGCACGACCAGGGCUUGGUGGCCCUGGACUGGGUGGUGGGACCAGGCCCCGAGCCAAGGAGACGGGUGUCGGGUGCCGGCGGCGCCCCGGUCCUGCUGCUGGUCCCCAACUCCUUCGGGAAGAUCACACGCAACGUCAGCAAGCUCUGCCGCCUGGCACUGCUUCGAGGCUACCGCCCCGUCGUCUUCAACCGCCGCGGCCACAACGGCUGCCCGCUGAGCACCGCCAGGCUGCAGGCCUACGGGGACGCCGCUGACCUCUGGGAAGCCAUCCAGUACAUCCGCUACCGGUGCCCCGGGGCCCAGCUCUUUGCGGUGGGGGAGAGCACGGGCGCGGGGCUCCUGUUCUCCUACCUGGGGGAGUGCGGUUCUUCCAGCAGCGUGACGGCAGCUGCCUGCAUCUCCCCCAUCCUCAGCCCUCGGGAAUGGAUGGAGGCCGGGUGUCCCUGGCUCUGGCAGCAACUCCUGCUCUGCUACCAGAAGGUUUGGCUCAGCCGGUUUGCCACGGUGCUGGCGGAGGCCGUGCGGCCGGGGAGCGUCUCGGGGAGCCGCUCGCUGCGGGAGCUGGAAGAGGCCGUGUUCUGCCAGGCCCAGUCCUGGGACUCGUACUGGGAGAGGAACGACCCGCUGCGGGACGUGGACGAGGUGGCCACCCCGGUGCUGUGCAUCUGCAGCCGGGACGACCCGGUGUGCGGGGGCGCGCCGCCCCGGGAGCUGUUCGAGACCAACCCCUACCUCUUCCUCGCGCUGGCCCCGGGCGGAGGCCACUGCGGCUUCUUCCGGGACGGGCUGUGCAGCUCCUUCUGGAGCCACGAGCUGCUGCUGGACUUCUUCCAGGCCACGGUGGACUUCCUCCGAGCGGAGAAGCCGAGCGGCCAGGCCAGGCGCAGAGGGGCGCCACCCGCCCCCGGCCCCGGCGCCUGCGGGCCGGACUCCUGUCGCCCCUGGGGCCGCGGCGGCCCGCACGGCUGGCAGCGCUCCUACACCCGCUGAGUGCCCUGCCCGCACCGAACCGCACCGCACCGCCCCCGCCCCGCGCGCCCCCGGCCCGGCCCGGCCCCCGCCUUGUAAGCGCCAAACAGCGAGUCAGUGCCCUGA